GAGAUGAAACGAACACUACAUCUGUUCCUGUUUUAAUGGAAGAAGAUGAUGAUGAUCCUGAGAAUUGGAUUACCAAGAAGACUCUCUUAGAAGAAAUAAAAGCCAAUUUUUCCUCAGAUGAAAGUGAAGAAUCAGAUGAUACUAAAAACAUUACUGAAAAGAAAGAUGAAACAAAUACAAGAAGUGAGGGGAUUUGUGAAAAAAGCAAUUUGAAAUCUGAUUCAGACUCUGAGGAAAUUAAGAAGCUGAAAUACAGAUCCCCACUGGUUACAUACAAUCUAAAUAUAAGUGGUGGAGAAUCUGCAGAAGAAACAAAAGAAAGCAACCACAGAAAGAGGAGGAAAGUGAGCAUGGAUGAUUCAGGACUGAAAGUUACUGAAAACAUUACUGAACAUGAAGAUGAUGAACAGUCAAAGACAAGAUCUCUACAGCCAGAUAUUUUGGGUUGGUCCCUGGGGAAUGACUGUCUGCAAUCUCCUGGGUGA